AUGGCGCAUCAACAUUUCUUCAAGCCUCUUCUUCCUGGCUUCCACGCCUCCUUGACAAUUCCUGUAGCCUUCUUCUUGAAGUAUAUAGAAGGAAGAUAUGAGCAGAAGACGGCGAAGCUGAGAUCAGACGCGUCAAAGAGAACUUGGGAAGUGAAGAUAGAUGGCCAGAGACUCACCGACGGUUGGAAAGAGUUUGCUGUCUCACAUGAUCUUCGAAUCGGUGACAUUGUUGUUUUCAGACAAGAGAGUGACUUGGCUUUCCAUGUAACACUGUUGGGACCUAGUUGUUGUGGGAUUCAAUAUGGUUCGUGUUCAGUCGAAAAGAACAACCUCGGUGACGAGAAAAAGAAAGUGAAGGAGAAUCCAAAUGGAGAAGCAGAGUCUUCUUCACGAGAUCCCUCUUGUUUUGUGGCUAAUGUUGCGCCUUCGAGUCUACGUUAUGACUUGAUGAGAUUUCCAAGGGGUUUUGUGAGGGAUAAUGGUGUAGUCGGAUCUGGAGAGAUUGUUCUGAUGAAUGAAAAGGGCAGAUCAUGGAAUUUUAACUUGAGACAAAAGCCAUCAAACGGAACAGUUUAUGUUAGAGGAGGGUGGGUGAGUUUUUGUGAUGCCAAUGGGCUUAAAGCUGGAGAUAACUACACUUUCAAACUGAUCAAAAGAGCAGGAACUCUUGUUCUACGUUUGUUACCCAAUGAGCCAAAAGAGGAAGCUAAUGAAGUGUCUCUUCCCGAAGAACCGGAAAGCGAUGCAGAGCGCAACCUUGAAAAGAUUCAAAGGAAGGAGAAAGUGAAGAAGAAUGUAACAAGAGAGGCAGAGUCUUCUUCACAAGAUCCCUCUUGUUUUGUGGCUAAUGUCUCCCCUUCGAGUCUACGCUAUGACACACUGUAUCUUCCAAAGCGUUUUAUGAGGGAAAAUGGUGUAGACAAAAGAUGUGGAGAGAUGAUUCUGAUUAAUGAAAAGGGAAAAUCAUGGACUUUAGAUUUGAAAGUAAAGAAAUCAUCCGGAACUUCUCUCAUCAAACGAGGAUGGAGAAGUUUCUGUAGUGCCAAUGGACUAAGAGCUGGAAGUAUCAUAACUCUCAAACUGAUAAAGAAAAGAGCAACUCUUGUUCUACGUUUGAUCCCCAACGAGCCAGAAGAAGCUAAUGAAGUAGUCUCUCUUUCGACAGAGCAAGAAAGCGAUGAAGAGAGUAUCCACGACGAGAAAAUCUCAAGAAGAAAGUCUUUACUAUCCGAAAACCGAUUUGUGACAUUAACUCUAACACCUUAUACAAUCCAAAGUUCUCUACUGAAUGAGAAUCUUUUGUGUGAAUCUAUGUUUCAGCGUCUUCCGGUUCCUUUCACGAGGAUGAAUGGUAUCAAUGAAGAAACUAAAAUGACUCUGUUGGAUAAACAUGGUGUGAAGUGGUUAACGACUCUGCGGUUCGAGGACGACAAAAGAAAAAGACUACGAAUGGUAGGAGGAUGGCAAGGAUUCAUCCAAGCUAACGAUGUGAAGGCAAACGAAUCCAUCAUGUUGGAACUGAUUUGGGAAGAAGAAACAAGUUGCGUCCUUAAGUUCUGCUCCAAGGUGAAGCUAGAAAUCAAAUGA